GAGUGUCCCUCUUCAGCCUGGCUGCGCUGCUGCUCCCGGAGCAGUUUCCCCACUACCUGGCCAUGGUGGAGUCCCUCAGCCUGGGCCCUGCUCUCAUCUACUCUGCUAAGUUCUCUCUGGCUUUUCCCUUCACCUACCACACCUGGAACGGGAUCCGGCACCUC